AUGUUAUGUGGUCAACAGCUGGUUACACAUUCCAAGACUGACAGCUGACCGCCAGUCUAAAUAAUAAUACUAAGGCUUGUUCUAUGUCUGAAUCUAAAUAUCUGUUUCAUUUGCAAACAGAUUGUUAAAGAAUUUACAAUUUGAUAAUAUAUAUCUAGUAUAUACACCAAAUUCUGUAAUAAUGCCUGAUCUUUUAGAAACAAUAUGUUUUUUCAUCGAAACAAAUUUGGCAUAUUCACUUACUGCUUUCUCGGUUUUGGUACUUUUACUAAUAAUAUUUUUUGGUUCUGGAGAUGCCAAUGAUGAACCAGUUAACAGGCCUGCCCAGGUUAUUGCUGCUGUGCCAAGAAGACGAGCUCCACAUAGACGUUUCAGGCCACAAGUUCAAGAUCUAAACGAACCUCCAAGUGAAGACGAAGCAGAAGUUCAGGAAAUAGAGCUACCUGAUGGGAAAAUUGGCGCAAAGAAGAGAGCUAAGCUGGAAGCAAAGGCUGAAAAAAAAGCGGCGCGUGAAGUUGAAGAGAAAUCCAGAUUAGAAAGGCAAAAGAAACUCGAGCUAGAAGAACUAGAAAGAGCAAAGCAAAAGGAAAAAGAAGAGGCUGAAGAGAAAGCAAAGGAGGAGGAAGAAAAGAGAGCCAAAGAAGAAAAGGAAAGGAAGGAACAGGAAGAAUAUCUAAAAAUGAAGGAAGCUUUCCAAGUAGAAGAAGAGGGAUACGAAGAAGGUGAUCAAGAGGAUUCCCAAAACUUGCUCCAGGAAUUUGUUAACCACAUAAAAGAUAACAAAGUAAUUAUAAUUGAAGAUCUGGCAGCACGUUUCAAACUGAAAACCCAAGCCUGUCUUGACCGUAUCAAGGAUCUACAGAAUGAUGAUAUUCUGACCGGAGUUAUAGACGAUCGCGGAAAAUUUAUUUACGUCUCUAAAAGCGAAAUGGACGCUGUUGCCAAAUUUAUUAGACAACGGGGCAGAGUUUCUAUUGCCGAGUUAGCUGAGAGUAGCAAUCAACUAAUUAAUUUGAUUCCUGUAACCCAGUAGCGAAACAAUUUGAUUGAUUAGAAUUUAGACAUUUAACAUUUGAAAUAAGUAAUUAAUCAUGUAAGUUUUCCUUUCGACAUAAACAAUGUUCCUGGGGUUUAGUCAUUUAUUUAGAUUAUCAUAAUUUAGUCAUUAAAUAAAAACGUUUCGGUGUUUUCCCACCGAAACCGAAAAUUAAUCAGUUUGUUCGUGUAGACACAAAACAACUGGAUCGAUGGUAAUGAUAAACAAUAUCUUCGCGGAAUAGAACUUAUUUGCAUAAUAAAAUAGCGCGUAGUCAA